UGUCAAUUAAAACAAAAGUAAUUAAAACUAAAUUGAGCACGAGGUCUUUUAGCUACAGCUCGGUCACCUGUCAACUUCCAGGUGAGCACGACUGCCUUCCGGGAAAUAUCUCACCACUUCCUUCAGUGGAGAACAAAAACGGCGAAUUAUUUUUGAAAAGUUCACGUUUGCUAAAUUAAAAUAAAAACAUAACCUAAAAUGGAGGCUUGUUUUCAGAUCAGUGUUAAUAGCCUAUUUAUUUAAUUCCCGCCCCUAAAACACGCCACCAGUAGUGUAUAGGUCCAACACACACCUCCAGUCAGAGAGAGAGAGAGAGAGAGAGAGAGAGAGAAAGAACCCGGCGUCUGUGCACUCGUUCACUCUUUCUCCAUGGCGAAACUCGUGUAAAUCGUGCUUUAUCCUGCUGUUUGAAGUAGCGAAUUACCGGUAGGAGAAGUCCAGCGUUUGGAAGAAUGGUGGUGCUGCAGAAUGUUUCUCCUCCACGAGAAGGAGUGAGACAUGAGGAAGUGGACAUUACCGCCGUGCUGGACGGGAAGAGACUGGGCUCAGGAACUCUUUGUGUUGCAGAAAGUCGUGUAUCCUGGGUUGAUGGGUCUGGAGUAGGAUUUUCUCUAGAUUAUCCCUCCAUCAGCCUCCAUGCCAUCUCCCGUGACCUGAGCGCGUAUCCUGCAGAGCAUCUGUACGUCCAGGUCAGCUCCAGGCAUCAAGAAGCUGCCAAGGAUGAUGAGGUGAAGGCCAAAGAGGAAGCAGAUGGCAGUAGCGAUGAUGACGAGGACGAUGACGACGUCUCCACAGGCGCGUUCACAGAGAUCCGCUUUGUUCCAAACGAUAAAGGAUCUUCUGCAGUGGAGAAGAUGUUCAUGGCCAUGUCCGAAUGCCAAGCCCUGCAUCCCGAUCCAGACGACUCCGACUCUGACUUCGAUGGUGACGAGUAUGAUGUCGAGGAGGCCGAACAAGGCCAAAUCGAUCUGCCCACAUAUUACUCGUUUGAGGAGGGCAUGUCUCAGCUGACCAUGGGAGGCCAGGCCACAUUGGAGAGGUUGGAAGGGACACUGGGUCAGUCCUCGGCCCCACAGCGCUGCAUGGCUGGAGUCAGGAGCGAGGACGCAGCCGCUGCACUAGACGAUGAAGCAAAGACAGACUCGGCUGCUCUUGGAGUGUCGGGGCAGUUUGACGACGCCGAAGUUGACCACUGAAGGAACAGAGAGCCUCUUGUUUUGUCUCGGCAGAAGCACUUGAAACAGAGCCGGAACGGGCUAGCAGGGCGAGACACUGAAUUGUGGAACGGAAGCCAAAGCCCUGGGCCUUAUGAAUGUUAAAUCACUAAAUCAUUGCACAAUUAUAGGCUAACACCAGCCUUCCUUUUUGUGCUGGCAACACUGUCAUACUGUCAAAUCAUCAUUUCUUUGUAACUUUUUGUAUUGACUUUUUUACUGACAAGGACCAGUGCGUACUAAUAUGUGCAUUUCAGUAAUGUAUUAAAUAAAGCUAAAUAUAAUCUCC